AUGAUGAGUGAAAUCAAAACUUCUAUAAAUUCUUGUUCAUCAUCAUCACCUAUUCGUGUACAUUUUUCGGAUGUCACUAAUAAAAAACUCCAACUUAAUAAUAUUAUUGAUGAUGAUCGUCGAUGGAAAUUACUUAGUGCACCAGUUAUAACAAUUGAUAAUGAUGAAAAUGAAAAUGAUGCAUGGACUGAAUGUCGAGAAUUAUUUGAACCAAAUCGAUCUCAUAUGCUUAAUCCAUCAUCAGCUAAUAAUAAUUAUUUACUUCGUCAUAGUAGUGCUAAUACCAGUUUAAAUGAAUCAUCAUUUAAUGGAAAUGCUUGUACAAGUAUUGAUGGUAAUCAUGAUGAAAUAUUUUCAAUUAUUGAACAAGCUGGAAUUACUUUUGAAGCUUUAACUGGAUCAUCUUCAAAUGAUUUACUUGCAAGUACAAGUGGUUAUCAUUCAUAUGAACCAUCACCAUUUAAUCAUCGAUUAAAACAUUCAUCAAUACUUGAUCCAUCGGCAGCUGAAUUUCAUAUGGAAAAUGAAUCAGCUUGUAUAUCAAAUUCUCAAUCAAUAAACAAUCGACCUAAAGAUCAAUCAUGUCGUCGUUUAACUCGAUCAUCUAAUCAGACAUCAUUAAAAUAUUCAACGUCAUAUGAAUAUAAAUUUGGUGGCUAUGGUCGGGGUAUUAAUGAAUUUCUUGAACCAAAUGGUAUCGCUUUUUUAUCAGAUGGAACAAUUUCAGUUGUUGAUACUAAUUCAAGUCAAGUUAAACUUUUUGAUCCUGUUCGACGUGAAUGUGUAUUAAAAUUUGGUCAAGCUGGAACAAGACCUGGUGCAUUACUUUAUCCGUAUCGUAUUGCUAUUUUACCUGGACAUGAUUUACUUGUUAUGGUACAACGUUCACCUCGACCUAUGAUACAAAUAUUUGAUCGAAAUGGUCAAUUUAUUCGUCGUUUCGGUAAUGAUCUUGAAAGUCCAAGAGCUAUUUGUAUUGAUCAACAAGGUCGAAUUAUUGUUAUGGAAUCAAAAAUAAUGAAAGUACACAUUUAUGAUGCAACAUCGGGUCGUAUAUGGGGUCAAUGUGAUUUACGCGAUCAUUUGAGUUUUCCGACAAGUGUCUGUGUCAAUGAUCGACAUGAACUCUAUGUUAGCGAUAAUGAAUCACAUUUUGUUAGAGUAUUUGAUUAUACUGGUAAACAUUUGAAAAAUAUUGGAGCUGGAAUUACAUAUCCAAUUGCAUGUCGAAUUAAUCAACCACGUCGUGAACUUAUUGUUGUAGACAAUCAUGAAAAUUUUAAUAUAUCAACAUAUGAUUACGAUGGAAAUAAAAAAUAUUCACAUUAUUCACUUAUGAAACAUUCUCAAUGUUUCGAUGUUGCUGUUGGAUAUAAUGAUGAAUUAGCAAUGGCAUCGAAAGAUUAUAAAAUUUAUGUUUAUAAAUUAGGCGAAGGUUUAGAAAUGGCUAGCAGUGAUUUAAAUCAUCAUUAUUAUUAG